CCAUCCUCAGCUGACAGUGAGUUCUGCAGUCAUCAGAGAGAGAUAAUCAGUUCAGCUGAGCUGUGAGGCUCCUCCAUAUGUCUCUGUGUCUCAGUGUUACUUAAGAGUUCGACAGUAUUCAUAGAUUUUACAUACUGUUAGUAUGUAUGGCUUACCUGUAAUGUUUUUAAAUGCAAUUUUCAAAGAAGCACACUCUGUUCUUCUGAUCUCACUGACCCACCUCCUCCCAGGCUGACAGUCAGUUCUACAGUAAUCAGAGAAAGAGACUCAGUUCAGCUGAGCUGUGAGACUCCUCCAUCUGUCUCUGUGUCUCCCAAACUAACACAGCAGUUCAUUCCCGAUCGGUGGCCAAUGUUCAUUCAGGUCUUUCUGAACAGGGUGCGACUCUUCCUCCCGAGCAGGGAUCGUAAGUCGAUGGCUGGUCUGGUAGUCGAUGGCUGGUCUGGUAGUCGAUGGCUGGUCUGGUAGUCGAUGGCUGGUCUGGUAGUCGAUGGCUGGUCUGGUAGUCGAUGGCUGGUCUGGUAGUCGAUGGCUGGUCUGGUAGUCGAUGGCUGGUCUGGUAGUCGAUGGCUGGUCUGGUAGUCGAUGGCUGGUCUGGUAGUCGAUGGCUGGUCUGGUAGUCGAUGGCUGGUCUGGUAGUCGAUGGCUGGUUCGGUGUUCAACGGCAGGUCGCCUACUGUCCCUCGCUCUGCACCAGCCCGGCUGCGUGGUAGAGUUGGGUUUAGCCUAUCACAGCAGCGUCGGGCAUGUCCCCAGUGUCUGUAGUCGUGGGAGACACAAAACAUACAAUUAGAGCAUGUACUGGCCAACAAUUGGGGUCACAGUCACACGUUUGAAACAAGCACUUUCCUUUAGUAGUGCUAUAGAGAGCGUUGUGAUUUGUUUCUUUCCCACAGCAGGGGACCAGCGGAGAGGAGCAGUGAGUCGGUCGAGAGGUCACUGGUCCAGUUCCUUUUAACUCUAGUUCUGGGGCGUGUUUAGUAAUUUGUUUGGGGAGGGAGUAGUUGAUAGAGAAUUGGCAACAGCUGUCUCAGUUUCACUUUAUUCCAUGCUAAUCUGUGGAAUCACAGGACUCCAUACAAGCUGGCAAAUUAGUCCAGUUCAUACUUGAGAAUGUAAGGAAUUAAGUGAAAGUCAAUUGUUGUAAACACACAUUAUUAAAUGGCAUUCAUAAAUAGGCAUGAUAUCAAAUAAGACAUGCUGAUACGUAAUAUAAAGAGAAUGAUAGGCUCUAGUUUAGUAAGAGCCAGUGUCAUUUGUGAUAUAUACAUGACAUUCAAAUUGAGUCAUGCAAAAAGGAGUCUCUGUCCUUUCCUAACAGAACCAAAACCAGACAUUACAGUCCAUGUUAAUGGGGACUUCAACAUCAUCUGUUUGAUUCCUGGAGCUGUGAGUCCUGACACCACCUGUAACCUGUAUGUUGGAGAGGAGAGUCAGCCAUCCUUCACAACAAAGAUCAAGAAGAGAAAAGCAGCCUCAGCGUCCAAUCAGUGGUUCUGUCAAUUCAGUGUAUCUGAGAGUGAUCUGGUCAGUGGUCUACAGUCAGUGAGGCGUAAGGAGGUGAGCUGUGACUACAGAGUGAGCUCAGAACCAAACUCUCUCUCUCCACGCAGUGAUGGGUACAGAUUUACAGGUGAGUGAUUAACUAUACAAUAAUAAUCUAUCAGUGCUGCAGGUCUUCAUGAUCUGACUUCCCUUUGAUCUUUUUAGUAUGACUAUAUUCAUUCUGACCCAAAAACGAAAUACCACAUUUCAAUCCCAAAAAUGUUUUUAGAUCUGGUGGGAGUUCACAUCAGUGAUCCAACAAUUAUACAGACACCUUCUAUAGCAGGUAGGCUACACAUUUGUUAUUUUAUAGUGGCACUGCUGUUAUUUUCAAACAUAGCAGGUUUCAGCAAUAAGAAUAGUUGUGUAAAUGUGUAAAUUAAGCUGUUCUAUAGAUAGGACACCAGCCUCAACACUAAUGCCUGGGAUCAUCAGCACAAGUAAUAUCAUUUCUGUGUUCUGUGUUUUUCUAGGAAUAGACUAACUUAGUUUAUUCAGCUAGCUAACUUGGUAAUUGUUGCACUGAUGUAUUGCAAAUAGUUGCACAGGACAUACACAGAUGAGCACAGUCAAAAAGAAGACCCAAAGGCAUUGACAACCAUUUAGCAUAAUGGAAAUCACUUGCAAACCACUUGAGCAAGGAGGCAAUGACAUACAGUAAAAUAUUAGCAGGCUAAACAGCAUUUGUUGUUGAAUUGCUACAUUUAAAUACUAUAUUAUUUUUCAUUAGGUCUACAUGUAGCCUACAUUGAAGGAUUAUUUGUAGUUGUCACUGACAAUGAACACACCCUGAAAGCAUUGAAUUGUCUGAACCAGUACUUGAAUUAAAUAAAUAUAAAACUACACUUAUACUUGUUUACUUGACAUUUAUACUCUAUAAAUGGACUCUUUUAAAUAAUUUACUCUGGCAAGUUUGCCAGCAGCGCGCUGCAGUAGGUAAGUCAAGCAGAAGUCGAAUCCAUCACUUCCGUUGUUUGGCUGUGCCCAUAUAGCAACGUUCGAAAAUGAGGCACAUAUGUUCUGGUGGAAGGAUUAAAUAAAGCAAAUUUACUCAUUACAAUAACGUCUUUAAUGAAAACAUGUCCUUAAUCUUUUUUUUUUUUUAUGUUGGCAACCAUUUUAUAAAAGCAAAAUGACCCUUGAACCCGGCGAUUGUUGUGUUAUAACUUCCUCCUAAAGGCUGUUCCUGGCACAGGUUCUCAUGGUUUAUUGCUUAAAUAGACAACAGUGAGAGUUUUUUUUGUCUUUCAAACUUAUAUAAUAUUAAGUGGUACAGUAUCUAUAUGAGUGGAUGCUGUUGAGGGGAGGACGGCUCAUAAUAAUGGCUUGAAUGGAGCGAAUGGAAUGGCAUCAAACACAUGGAAACCAUGUUUGAUGUAUUUGAUACCAUUCCACUUAUUCCGCUCUAAUCAUUACCACGAGCCCGUUCUCCCCAAUUAAGAUGCCACCAACCUCCUGUGAUCUAUAUGAGUAGUUAAACAUAGAAAAUUAAUUCAUAAUUAAAUUAAGAGACACUGCAUCAUCCCUCUGAUCUCACAGAUCUUCCCCAGCCCAGUCUAACAGUGAUUCCUGCAGUCAUCAAAGAGAGAGACUCAGUCCAGCUGAAUUGUCAGACUGCUCCAUCUGUCUCUGAGUGUUACUUCAAAAUAGAGGGGCAAGUGGAAUUUACCCUACCAUCACCCUGUCAACAGACACUCACAGGAACACUACUGUUGAGGUGGACAGGUCAGAGUUCACCAGCUGAGGUCAAAAUACAAUGUCAGUACAGUGCUACAGGUUCACAGUUUAGAUCCAUAUACAGUGAGCCUUCUACAAUCACAAUUCAGGGUAAGAAGAUUGUUUUUAAUGGUUGUAAACAAUUUACUGUUGUGCCAUGAUUACCAUGUUCCUCUUGGGAUAUUUUAUCAUAGUGUUUGUUGUAAUAAGCUAUUACAUGAAGUAAUCAAGCAAUAUAUGAUAUAUCCUUAAUUUCCCAUAAUGUCGCUACAUGAGAUAAUUGACUCAAGAUCCUUAAGUCUGAAAUAACAUGGAGGGAUUGGGCUGUCAGUAAAUUUCUCAAAACCGCUAAAUGCUUAAUUCCCCUAUUCUCACAGACCAUCCUCAGCUGACAGUGAGUUCUGCAGUCAUCAGAGAGAGAGAAUCAGUUCAGCUGAGUUGUGAGACUCCUCCAUCUCUCCAUGUGUCUCACUGUUACUUCUACAUAGAGGGGGUGAAGAAUCUUCCAGACUCAUCGUGUACGCAGACAAUAACAGGAACUGAGCUGCUCAAAAGGGCGGGUUCAACAAUUCAAGCUGUGGUCAAAGUGAAAUGUUACUACGCUAUAGGGAAGUCUCACAUAUCUCCUAUCAGUGACCCUGUCUCAGUCACUGUUCAGGGUAAGUAGGUGGUUUGUAAAAUUAUACACUUCACUGUUAUACUGUAUACUCAUUAUGCUUGUUCAGAAAAUUAGAUCUUAUGUCAUAUUUCACCAAUGUCUUCAUUUCACACAAUAGGUCUUACUGUAGGUUUUACUGUACUAUGCAAACAUAGAUACUGAUGUAGUUGAAAAUGAAGAGUUCGACAGUAUUUAUAGAUUUUACAUACUGUUAGUAUGUAUGGAUGACCUGUUUUUAAAUGCAACAAUCAAAGAAGCACACUCUAUUCUUCUGAUCUCACAUACCCACCUCCUCCCAGGCUGACAGUCAGUUCUACAGUAAUCAGAGAAAGAGACUCAGUUCAGCUGAGCUGUGAGACUCCUCCAUCUGUCUCUUGUUCUCCCAAACUAACACAGCAGUUCAUUCCCGAUCGGUGGCCAACGUUCAUUCGGGUCUUUCUGAGCAGGGUUCGUUUGUUCGGUUCUACCCGAGCAGGGUUCGUUCGGCUCUACCUGAGCAGGGUUCGUCUCUUCCUCCCGAGCAGGGAUCGUAAGUCGAUGGCUGGUCUGGUAGUCGAUGGCUGGUUUGGUAGUCGAUGCCUGGUCUGGUAGUCGAUAGCUGGUCUGGUAGUCGAUGGCUGGUCUGGUAGUCGUUGGCUGGUCUGGUAGUCGAUAGCUGGUCUGGUAGUCGAUGGCUGGUCUGGUAGUCGAUAGCUGGUCUGGUAGUCGAUGGCUGGUCUGGUAGUCGAUAGCUGGUCUGGUAGUCGAUGGCUGGUCUGGUAGUCGAUGGCUGGUCUGGUAGUCGAUGGCUGGUUUGGUAUUCGAUAGCUGGUCUGGUAGUCGAUGCCUGGUCUGGUAGUCGAUGGCUGGUCUGGUAGUCGAUGGCUGGUUUGGUAGUCGAUGGCUGGUCUGGUAGUCUGGUAGUCGAUGGCUGGUCUGGUAGUCGAUGGCUGGUUCGGUAGUCGAUGGCUGGUCUGGUAGUCGAUAGCUGGUGUGGCAGUCGAUGGCUGGUCUGGUAGUCGAUGGCUGGUCUGGUAGUCGAUGGCUGGUCUGGUAGUCGAUGGCUGGUCUGGUAGUCGAUGGCUGGUCUGGUAGUCGAUGGCUGGUUCCGUGUUCAACGGCAGGUCACCUACUGUCCUUCGCUCCGCACCAGCCCAGCUGCGUGGUAGAGUUGGGUUUAGCCUAUCACAGCAGCGUCGGGCGUGUCCCCAGUGUCUGUAGUCGUGGGAGACACAAAACAUACAAUUAGAGCAUGUACUGGCCAACAAUUGGGGUCACAUGUUUGAAACAAGCACUUUCCUUUAGUAGUGCUAUGGAGAGCAUUGUGAUUUGUGUCUUUCCCACAGCAGGGGACCAGCGGAGAGGAGCAGUGAGUCGGUUCGAGAGGUCACUGGUCCAGUUCCUUUUAACUCUAGUUCUGGGGCGUGUUAAGUAAUUUGUUUGGGGAGGGAGGAGUUGAUAGAGAAUUGACAACAGCUGUCUCAAUGUCACUUUAGUCCAUGCUAAUCUGUGGAAUCACAGGACACCAUACAAGCAGGCAAAAUAGUCCAUGCGAUUCCAUUUGAUUUCACACGUGAGAAUGUAAGGAAUUAAGUGAAAGGCAAUCGUUGUAAACACACAGCACACAUGAUUUAAAUGGCACUCAUAAAUAGGCAUGACAAACUAUUUAGACACCUUCUAUAGCAGGUAGGCUACACAUUUGUUAUUUUAUAGUGGCAGUGCCAUAAAAUAACAAAUGUGUAGCCUACCUGCUAUAGAAGGUGUCUGAAUAGUUUGUCAUGCCUAUUUAUGAGUGCCAUUUAAAUCAUGUGUGCUGUGUGUUUACAACGAUUGCCUUUCACUUAAUUCCUUACAUUCUCACGUGUGAAAUCAUAGCAGGUUUCAGCAAUAAGAAUAGUUGUGUAAAUGUGUAAAUUAAGCUGUUCUGUUAGAUAAUUAAGCAGUUCUAUAGAUAGGACACCAGCCUCAACACCAAUGCCUGGGAUCAUCAGCACAAGUAAUAUCAUUUCUGUGUUCAUCAAGUCGAGUGUUUAGAUCGUAUCAAUGCACUGUUAUGCUUCUGCUGUUAGAUAACAUGGUGAUCUUAUUCUAGGAAGCUGACAACAACAAUCAACACCUUAUCUGUCCUGAAAGUCUUGAUCACCUUAUGAAUUGGUCUUAUCAUCUCUAUAAUGAGGAGAAAUAUAAUCUACCUGGAAUAGAAGCAAUCUGUCCCUAGUGAUUUUUAUAGUCCUACUUUGUCAUAAAGAUAUUUAAAAAGGCCAACAACAACAUAAUGAUCAUUAAUAUGAUCAUGAAUAAAAUGCUAAUUGUAUUAAUAUGCCUUCUCAGUGGGUUUGACUCCAGGUCCUAGAUCUACUUUGCCGGCCACCACGACAGUGAGUCCUACAGAGGGUGUGUUGGUCCUC